GUUCCUCGACUCCGCGGAACGUGUCCGCCUUAGCACGCUAAACGCUGAUCCACACUGCUAAGUGCUGGAAGACGCCAGGCGCAUUUGCCUUCCGGUCGUCGACGUCCGGACGAAAGCUCUGCAUUCACCACUGCUAUCAUUCCGAAAUGUCUGGUGCGCCACCACAAUUGGUGUUCAGCAAUGAUAUCGCGCACAUGGACGAGUGGGCGCGCCGCACCGGCAUUCCCCUCACCACUGCGGAGGCCUUGGGUACCAAUUACGCGCGGGCGCGUCGUUGGAUGCUUGCCAUUCGAGCCCAGCUCGUGCAAAAUAUGGGAUGGAAGGACGUCACUCCCCCGGAUGCGCGGCUCCUGUUCGACAUCGAAUGCCCCUCACCAUACCGUUCGCCUUCCGGUCUUCCGCGCAGCCCCAAUCUCCGACUCCAGAUGCCCGUCAAUGCGUCCUCUUUCUUCUCUCGCGAGAGACGUGUGCAGUGGGAGAUGGUUUUCCACAGCGCGCUUUUCCCCGGCAUGCGCCAUACCGUUCUCGCCAUUGGGGACUUGUUGCAUUUGAUACAGUGCCUGCUUACUGGCAUGGUCGUUUUGGUGAAGGAAGAGCAGGUUUCAGGAGGUUGCGUGGAGAGGACGAUCCGGGCUUUGCCUCCGGUCGAGUGGGUUCACUCUCAUGAGGCGCAGCUCACUGAGAUCUUCGGCCCUGUCCAUUAUCGCCAGCUUUUUCGGGCUGCUGGAGAUAAUCGCAUCGCAUUCAAGCUCGAACGCGAACCUCGGCCCUGAUUCGGGACUGCUCUUGUUGUCGUCACCAAGAAUUUCGCUCCGCUACGGCGGUUCCCAAAAUUGCGCACGCGUCGAUCAUGACCGUCCGGAGAGAAGAGCUCGACCGGAGGCCAUGCAUGUGC